AUGGAGGAGCGCUGGCACCGGGGACUGGCGGCGCUGGUGAUGCUGCUGCUCUUCGGGGGGCUGGUGCUGCAGUACGUGUGCCCUGGUAGCGAGUGCCAGCUGCGGCAGCGCCUGGCCGAGGCCGCCCCGUCCGCCCUGCUGGCGCGUCAGGCCGGCCAGGGAGGGGACCCUUACCGGGCGGAGGACGAGAGCCCUCCGCGCUUCGUGCCACGCCUGAACUUCUCGGAAGCCGACCUGCUGCGCCGCGUGGACUUCCACAUCGCUGGCGACGAUCUGAUCGUUUUCCUGCACAUCCAGAAGACGGGCGGCACCACCUUCGGGCGCCACCUGGUGCGCAACAUCCAGCUGGAGCAACCUUGCGAGUGCAAGGCCGGGCAGAAAAAGUGCACCUGCCUCCGGCCGGGCAAGCGAGAGACCUGGCUCUUCUCCCGCUUCUCCACUGGCUGGAGCUGCGGGCUACACGCCGACUGGACCGAGCUGACCAACUGCGUCCCGGCCGUGGUGGACAGCAAAAAGGACGCCAAGCUGCGCCCCACCAGGUGAGACACAGGCGGGGCGGGGGACAAAGCAGGGAGAUCCCUACGGAUGGAGCGGGCCCAUCUGGGGUGGCGGGCGCGUCACCUUACUACGUUCAGAACAACACCCCCCUGGAUCAGGCCCAUGCCCCGUCUGGUUCAGCAGCCCAGCCGGCCCUGAUGGGAAGAAGACGCUGGGCUAAAUGA